ACGAGCACUUGGACGUUAGUUUCACUUGUUACGUUGGUUUUCAUUUUCACCUGGAGCUAACCGGUCACCAUGGAGCGGAAACUGCACAGUGGGAUGCACCACGCCACCCUGCGCCUGCUGCAGGAGUCGGGAUGCGAGAUAGCGCCGCACAAUCUGAUGUAUCCGGUGUUCAUUGUGAGCAGCGACGAUGAUAUCCAGCCGAUUGCCAGCAUGCCGGGAAUCUCGAGAUUCGGAUUGAAUCGCCUAAGGGAGCACCUGCAGCCACUGGUGGCCAAGGGAUUGUCCUCGGUGCUGCUGUUUGGCGUAGUGGAGCCGGAACUGAAGGACGAACAGGCCUCCAAUGCGGAUUCAGCCAAGAACCCGGUGGUUAAGGCCCUCCCAAAGCUCCGAGAAUGGUUCCCGGAUCUUCUGAUCGCCUGUGAUGUUUGCAUUUGUCCAUAUUCUUCGCAUGGCCACUGUGGUCUCCUGGGCGAAACGGGUCUGGAGAAUGGUCCCAGCAUCAAGAGGAUAGCUGAGAUUGCCGUGGCCUAUGCCAAGGCUGGUGCCCAUAUUGUGGCUCCUUCGGACAUGAUGGACAAUCGGGUGAAGGCCAUUAAGCAGGCCCUCAUCGAUGCCGAAAUGAACAGUGUGUCCCUGCUGGCCUACUCCGCCAAGUUUACCUCCAAUUUCUACGGUCCCUUCAGGGAGGCAGCUCAAUCCGCACCGAAGUUCGGUGACCGUAGGUGCUAUCAGCUGCCCAGUGGUUCCCGUAGCUUGGCCAUGAGAGCCAUCCAACGUGAUGUGGCCGAGGGAGCAGACAUGCUGAUGGUCAAACCGGGCAUGCCCUAUCUGGAUAUCCUGCGAUCCACCAAGGAUUCCUACCCAUAUCACACACUGUAUGUCUACCAGGUUUCCGGGGAAUACGCUAUGCUGUAUCAUGCUGCCAAGGCGGGAGCCUUUGACCUCCAGGAGGCCGUACUGGAGGCCAUGAAGGGUUUCCGAAGGGCUGGCGCGGAUUGCAUCAUCACCUACUACACGCCCUUCCUGCUGGACAUUAUCGGAAGGGUUAAAUAAAUUGUCUACCUCAAAUGCGUAACCUUCGAUGUCUUAAAACCAUUUUCAUGUAGAUUAGAGUGGACUUCAUAGAACUAUAAUUUGGUAAUUGUAACGCUUUUAGCCGAUAAAAUAGUGCAAUAUUUUGAAAAGUAUGUAGAAUGAGUAUAUAUAAAGAGCACUUCAUGGACAAGACAUUAAACUAAUAAUGCGAAAAAACUCAUUUUCAAAUGGGACCAAAAUAUUUCAUUAAUGGAUUAAGCUUUUUAAUAAGACUAAGGCUAUUACUUAUGUGCGAUACGCUCUUCAGAUGACAUUUUUUGAUAAAAGGUCCACUCUAAUCGUCAAUCACCAUUUCUAGUGCUUUUAGUUAGAGUGCCUCGCUCCAUACGCGCAAAUACACACACAAAUAGAAUGUAUA